UAAUGGUGCCACAAAGGAACAGAAACCAAAGGAAAGGGAGCAGAAACAGCCAAACCACAAUGAUGAGAAGCCAUCUGUACAGAGUGAACAAAAAGAAAAGAUCAACAAGCAGCAAAGGAUGCCUACAGACAACACAAAGGCUCCUGUGCAAGACACAAAAGCCAAAACCUGUGCUAGCAGUGCAACAAAAACAAAACCAGAGACACCAAAGGGCACCACAACGGAUUCUCUGAAGCCCACAAAAGCAAGAAAACGUUCUUGCAAAACCAAAUCAACAGAACAGUCUGCAGAGGAGACAACAAAUAUGACGCCAGCGGCUCCAAAGGAAACCACAAAGGAUUCUCCGAAGACCACAAAAGCAAGAAAACGUUCUUGCAAAACCAAAUCAACAGAACAGUCUGCAGAGGAGACAACAAAUAUGACGCCAGCGGCUUCAAAGGAAACCACAAAGGAUUCUCCGAAGACCACAAAAGCAAGAAAACGUUCUGGCAAAACCAAAUCAACAGAACAGUCUGCAGAGGAGACAACAAAGAUGACGCCAGAGGCUCCAAAGGAAACCACAAAGGAUUCUCUGAAGACCACAAAAGCAAAAACGGGCGCUGGCAAUGACAUAGCUGCAGUGGACUCUAUCCUCUUCACAACUCUGAAUAAACUGAAGAUUAAGAAGAACGACAGAGCAAAUGCAGCAGAAGUCAUCAAUGAAAUAAUAGGAAAAAUAAUUGAGCAUGUAAAAAAGAACAUUGAUUGGUUUAAAGAAGUAGAACAACUAAAUACUGGAAGUUACUAUGAAAAUCUGAAGAUUUCUAAUCCUGACGAAUUUGAUGUUAUGCUGGCCAUUCCUGUUGACCGAGUGACCAUUGCACGAUUUGGAAAUGAUGGAGCCUAUUACAGUGUGGGAUUGAAACGUGGCAACAGCCCUCUGCGCAGAUUUCAGGACACCAACACAUUAUCUGCCACUAAAAUGCUUGAUGAGUUCAGGGAAGAAGUGAAGAAAUGUGUCAAGGCAUUUCCAGGUUGGGAGGUGACAAGAAAGAAAAAAGGCUGCCCUGCAGUGACCAUGACUACAGAAGUACAAUCAGUCACCAUUUCACUGGAUGUUGUUCUCUGUCUUAAGGUUAAAUCAAGCUGGCCAGAUUUUACCAAAGAUGGCUUUAAAAUAGAAAGCUGGCUGGGAACUAAAAUAAGGCAGGCCCACAGGAGAAAGCCAUAUUAUCUUGUCCCAAAAUAUGAAGGCAAUGGCAAUGUGGAAAAUGAUGAUGGAGUCCUGGCUAAAGAUGUUUGGAGGAUUUCAUUCUCGCAUGUUGAGAAGGACAUUCUGAAGAAUCACGGAUCAGUGAAGACAUGCUGUGAAAAAGAAGGCGAACACUGCUGCAGGAAGGAUUGUUUGAAGCUCCUAAAACACCUUCUCAGUCUGCUGAAGGAAAAAAAUACUUCAUUUGACAAGUUCUGCUCCUACCACGCCAAGACCACCUUCUUUCAUGCCUGCUGCACUAGAACUAAAGAUAGUGAUUGGAUGGCCUCAGAUCUGAGCCAGUGUUUUCAGCAGCUCCUGAAGGACUUUGUAGGCCAUCUGGAAGAAGGUUUUCUCCCUAACUUCUUUAUCCCAGGUCAGAACCUUCUCUCUGGUCCUGGCCGGAAGAAGUGCGACAGCCUGGCUCAUUGUAUCAAGCAGGAAUGUAAAAGCGGCUUUCCAAUUUUCAAGUGAGAACUUCACAACAAAGAGGAAGUGUUCGACUUGCAACUGUUCCAACUCCAUAAUACUUUAAACAGCCUCUAAGUAAAAACUGAGCAACAAAAAAUCCAAUGUAGUCUUGAAAUGGCGUUUAUGCAAGAAAAUUUGCAUUGUGAUGCCAUUUUCUAAAUGAUAUAAGGAUUUCUUUUAACAACUAUAUAUAUUUAUCAUUUACAGUUUACAGUUGUGUAAGCCUUAUGCAAGAGGCAAAUUUUCUGUCUUUCAUGUUUUAAGCCUUUUAAUAAAAACAGUGGGAAAACUACAGGAAUGUCUUCUUUUAUUUAUGUAAGUACAAGAGGGUAGAAGCUGGUAGAAACUGCAUGAACCUGGCAAUGUGUCAGAAUGUGUGUGUGUGGGUGUUUGCCUCAGAUGACUAGGCGCUGCAGAUCAGACUGGCUUUGUGGUAUUGUAUGCUGUGGCUUCUCUCCUCCCUAUUGUGCAAUACAAUU